AGAGAAAGAGAGGGAGGGGAAGGGAAGGGAAGGGAAGGGAGCGCGGGUUAAGUCGUUUAGUUCGCCUCCAAAUUUCAAAGCUUCAACCUUCAAAUUUAGAGAGAGAAACAAAGCUUCAAGUUUAGAGAGAGCGAGAGUGGCCUUCCCCCAAGAGAUUUCGAAUUCUCUCUCUAUCGCGCCUCAGACAUGGAGACACAGAGAGGGGGAGAGUCCGAUGUGGCAUUUCCCUCUCCAUAGACUCGAAGGAGGCAUUUCCUCUCCAUAAAGGCAGAGAGAGAGAGAGAGAGAGGAGGAGAGAGAGAGGAGGAGAGGGAGAGAGUUGGGGUCAUGGCGGCCUCGAGAAUUCCCAAGCCAUGGAAUCGAGUUUUUGGCCUAACUAUAACCGCCAAUACCCUAAACUCGAACUCCCCAUGUUUUGUUUCAAUUCAAAGGAGCCGAUCAAACUCCUCAAUCGCGAAAUCUAACGAGACUUUGCCAGUUCUCAUCAUAGGAGCAGGACCUGUUGGUCUGGUUCUGUCAUUCUUGCUCACCAAAUUAGGAGUUAAAUGUGCAGUUUUGGAGAAAAAUAUGACUUUCUCUCAACAUCCUCAAGCUCACUUCAUCAACAACCGCACUAUGGAGAUUUUCCGUAAAUUGGAUGGUCUGGCAGAGGAAAUUAAUGGGCUGCAGCCUCCCAUGGACUUAUGGAGGAAGUUCAUAUACUGUACUUCUCUUUCUGGUCCAGUUCUGGGAUCAGUUGAUCACAUGCAACCACAAGAUUUUGAAAAAGUAGCCAGCCCUGUAUCAGUUGCUCACUUCUCACAGUACAAACUUGUUAGAUUGCUAGUUAAAAGGUUAGCAGACCUUAAUUUCCAAGUUUGCACAACUGAUACAAUAGAAGGUCAAGACUGUGCUGUCCUCGGAGGAAAUAAAAUCAUGAUGGGGCAUGAAUGCACUUACAUAAGCCCAACUGCCGAUGGUGUAGAGGUGGGCGUUUCCUUUAUCAGGGAAGGGAAGAGGAUGGAAAAGAAAAUUUGUUGCAGGAUCCUAGUUGGUUCAGAUGGGGCAGGAAGCACAGUAAGAAAACUAGUGGGCAUAAAAAUGGAAGGUGAACGUGACUUGCAAAAACUGAUCAGUGUCCAUUUCUUGAGCAAAGAUCUUGGAGAUUAUCUCUUGCAUCAAAUGCCUGGAAUGCUAUUCUUCAUUUUCAAUUCUGAAGCAAUUGGAGUUCUUGUUGCUCAUGAUCUCAACAAAGGGGAAUUUAUAUUACAGGUGCCAUUCUAUCCUCCCCAGCAGAGUCUUGAAGAUUUCACCCCCAAGGUAUGCCGGGAAAUAAUUUUCAUGUUGGUUGGCCACAAGCUUGUUGAUGUAGAUGUUAUAGGCAUAAAACCAUGGAUAAUGCAUGCAGAGGUAGCUGAGAAGUUUGUUUCAAGUUGUGAUCAUGUGAUACUUGCUGGUGAUGCAGCUCAUAGGUUCCCCCCAGCUGGUGGUUUUGGAAUGAACACAGGCAUUCAGGAUGCGCAUAAUUUGGCCUGGAAAAUAGCUUGUGUAAUGAGAGGCGUUGCUUCACCUUCCAUUCUUCAGACUUACGAGACAGAGCGUAGGCCUAUUGCAAAAUUCAAUACUGCCUUAAGUGUUGCAAAUUAUAAAGCAGCCAUGUCAAUCCCUUCUACACUUGGCCUCGAUCCGACCAUGGCAAACACUGUCCAUAGGGUGGUAAAUAGCGGGCUUGGUUCCAUAAUGCCUCCUAGACUUCAGAAGCUAUUUUUGGAAGGAAUCUUCUCCAUUGGCCGUGCCCAACUUUCACCAUUUCUUUUAAACGAGGCCAAUCCAUUUGGUUCUGCAAGGUUGGCCAAAUUGAAGAGCAUUUUGGAUGAAGGCAACAGUCUUCAACUUCAAUUUCCUGCUGAGGAUCUUGGUUUUAGGUAUCUUGAAGGAGCCCUUGUUCCUGAAAUUACAGUUUGUGGGGAGGAAACGUUUGAACCUACUGGCAGGAGAAGGGAGUAUGUUCCCUCAGCAGAAACAGGAAAGCGCCUGCCUCAUAUGAAUGUUAGGGUUCUGAAAGGAGUAUCAAAAAAGGAGAUAUUAUCUACCCUGGAUCUACUAUUUGGAGAUAAGAUAGACUUCCUUCUCAUUGUGGGACCUAGGAAAGAGUCAUAUCACCUUGCAAGUGGGGCAAUUAAUGUGGCAAGGAGCUAUGAGGUUUCUCUAAGGGUAUGUAUAAUGUGGCCAUAUGGAUCUACCCAUGAAUGCAUGGCUGCUAAUGAUGCCAUACGACCCCAGGUGGAGAAUGUGAUUGAUGUUGUGGAAUUGGGGUGCCCUUUAUCAUCAUCAUCGGUGUUGUCAUCGUCAUCAUCAUCGUGGUGGGACUUGUGCAAGAUGUCAAACAAGGGUGCAAUUUUGGUGAGGCCAGAUGAGCACAUAGCAUGGAGGACCAAAUUUGGAAUUGAUGGGGAUGUAGAUGGGGAGAUUAGAAGGGUCUUCUCUAUGAUUUUGGGAGUGAAUAAAUAGAGUUUAAUAUUUAUUUCAAAUUGAAAAUCAUGUUAUACAUGUGAAAAGAAAGCAUAAGUUGCAUUAUGUGACUUAAAUCUGAAGUUGUAAUUAGAACCGCUACAAAUGAAAUAAUUUGAAUUUCAUGACUUGCAAAUAAA